AUGCAGUUCUUCACCGUCCUCGCCACUGCCGCUGUUGCCUCCGCUGCUGCCAUCAGCAAGCGUGACGUUACCUUCAAGGUCUCCGAGUUCAGCGCCGGCUGCAUCCCCCACAGCACUCAGUGCUUGUACUUCUUCAACGUCAUCCAGCCCGGUACCAUGGAGACCACUGGAGUCAACUGCUCCAGCCUUGUCCCUGCCAACCUUGACGGCACUCUGCCUGACGUUACCGAGGGCACUUGCAAGGAGUCUUCUCGCACUUUCAACGUCGCUCGCAGCGCCGAGGGCCUGACCUUGACUGUCUCUCAGCCCGUCACUCCCAGCAGCAACCAGACCGGCUCCCACCUGCUCCCCAUCGACCAGUUCGUCAUCUCCAACGAGCCCAACGCUGUUGUCCAGUCCUACACCGGCCCCAGCGAGUUCGACCUCGAGUAA